AAAAGGAACAAGUUAAACUUGAUGCCACCAAGCAGGUAACCAGUCCUGAUGACUGUGAGGAUCUCAGUCCUAUGCCACAAACAGCUGCUCCACCUGUGCGACGACGUGGAGGUAUAUCCGCUGAACCAGUCACUGAAGAAGAUGCUACUAGUUACGUUAAAAAAGUUGUACCCAAAGACUAUAAGACAAUGGCUGCUCUUUCGAAAGCAAUUGCUAAAAAUGUGUUAUUUUCACAUUUAGAUGAAAACGAACGUUCAGAUAUUUUCGAUGCAAUGUUCCCUGUGACACAUUUAAUGGGCGAAAAUAUUAUACAACAAGGUGACGAGGGUGACAACUUCUAUGUACUUGAUCAAGGGGAAGUUGAGGUAUUCGUAAACUCAGAAAUGGUAACCACAAUUGGAGACGGUGGUAGUUUUGGUGAAUUGGCACUAAUUUAUGGUACACCUCGUGCUGCUACUGUACGAGCA